GUGAUGGCGAGUUUAGUUGACGUCAUAGAUUUGAGGCAGCGAUAAAAAUAAUUAAGUCAUUUUAUUGCGAUUUUCCGUCUGAAAUUGCCUGGAAAAUGCGCGAAAGACACGGCAAAGUGAAUUGAGGACGCCAGCCAGAGUUCAAAUGAGGUCAACGCAUUGAAGCUUUGCGGGAGUGCGACGCAGAAGGAGGGCUUUUUGGGGCUCCGUUUGACGAGAUAACAAUGCCCAGUUGACGACAUAGCAGCUCGAUCAGAUGCGCAGGAGGAAGAAAAUGACGGCGAGUGUCUUUCGGGCGCGCUGGUGGCUCCUGGCGGUACUCUUCGCCACGGCGCUCGCCCACGAUCCGUGCACGAACUCCUCGGCGCCCCAUCGCGUGGAGGUGGAGUUCACCACGAAGAUCGUGAAAAAUGAGUACAUUGUGGCCUUUGACGGAUACUACAGGCCCUCGACGCGGGAGAACUACCUCAAGGCGGCGCUGAAUGGCUCUCGCGUGUCCAAUUGGCGAAUUCUCUCGCGCUCGAAUCCCGCCAGCGACUUUCCCAGUGACUUCGAUGUGAUCAUCCUGGAGGAGUAUGAGCCCUUCGAGGGGCUGCAGCUGAUCAAGAGUCACCCGUCGGUGAAGAGUGUCACGCCACAGCGAAUGGUGCAUCGCUCGCUGAAGUUCGUGCCACUCUCGGCGGCGGAGCUCGAUGAGGAGACGCUGCCGGACGAGCUGGAUGGUGAGGAUGUGGACGAGGAGUUGAUUCGGGAGCUGGAGCGGACAACUUCGGUCACAGGACGUCACUUGACUGCCACAAAUGACACGAAUAGACACAUAAACAGACGAUUGUUGCGCGCAAUUCCGCGACAGAUCUCAUCGCUGCUCAAGGCGGACGUCCUGUGGGGCCUGGGCGUCACUGGCAGGGGCAUCAAGGUGGCCAUCUUCGACACGGGUCUGGCGAAAUCCCAUCCGCACUUCAAGCGAAUCAAGGAGCGCACGAAUUGGACAAACGAGAAGAGUCUCGACGAUGGCGUGAGUCACGGAACCUUCGUGGCUGGCGUAAUUGCGUCGUCCAAGGAGUGCUUGGGCUUCGCUCCCGACGCCGAACUGCACAUCUACAGGGUGUUCACAAACAAUCAAGUGUCGUACACGAGUUGGUUUUUGGACGCCUUCAAUUACGCCAUCCUGAAGAAGAUCAACAUUCUCAACUUGAGCAUCGGCGGACCGGAUUUUCUGGAUCAUCCCUUCGUGGACAAGGUUCUGGAAUUGACCGCCAAUAAAGUCAUCAUGGUGUCGGCGAUUGGCAAUGAUGGGCCUCUUUACGGGACGCUGAACAAUCCGGGCGACCAAAGCGACGUGAUCGGCGUCGGCGGGAUUAACUUCGAGGACAACAUCGCCAAGUUCAGCUCGCGCGGCAUGACGACGUGGGAGCUGCCCGGCGGCUACGGACGCCUGAAGCCGGACAUCGUGACGUACGGGAGUCAGGUGAAGGGCAGCAAUGUGAAGGGCGGUUGCCGGUCGCUGUCCGGGACGUCAGUGGCGUCUCCGGUGGUGGCGGGCGCCGUGGCGCUGCUGGCCAGCGGUGUGCUGCACAAGAUGGACUAUGUGAAUCCGUCGUCGAUGAAGCAGGCGCUGAUUGAGGGCGCCACGCGCCUCCCGGACAGCAACAUGUUCGAACAGGGCCAUGGGAAGCUGAACAUCCUGAAGAGCAUGAAGCUGCUGUCGUCGUACAAGCCGCGCGUGACGCUGAGUCCGCCGUACUUGGACUUCACGGAGGACUACAUGUGGCCGUACAACACGCAGGCGCUGUUCUUCACCAGCCAGCCGGCGAUCGCCAAUGUCACCAUUCUCAACGGCAUGGGUGUGAUUGGGCGCGUCGUGACGCCACCCACGUGGCAUCCGUACACCUCGGCGCACGGGAAUCUGCUCAACGUGUCCAUCGGACACUCAGAGAUCCUCUGGCCGUGGUCAGGUUGGCUCUCCGUGCACAUGCAAGUGACUGAAGCGGGCGCGGCGUUCGAGGGCGUGGCGCAGGGACACAUAACGCUCACGGUACAGAGUCCAGCCGCUGGUGAUGAGGCUGAGCCGCGCAACAGCACCGUGAGCUUCCCGAUGAGAGUGCGCAUCAUCCCGAAGCCGCCGCGCGACAAGCGAAUCCUCUGGGAUCAGUAUCACAGUCUGCGUUAUCCGCCCGGUUAUCUGCCCAGGGACAAUCUGAAGAUCAAGGCGGAUCCGUUGGACUGGCGUGCGGAUCACAUUCACACAAACUUCCGGGACAUGUACACACACUUGAGGAACGCUGGCUACUAUGUGGAAGUCCUGGGCGUGCCUUUCACGUGCUUCAACGCCUCCAACUACGGCACGCUGCUGAUUGUGGAUCCGGAGGAGGAGUUCUUCCCGGAGGAGAUUGCCAAGCUGAAGCGUGACGUGCUGGAAAUAGAUCUGAGUGUGAUUGUAUUCGCCGAUUGGUACAACACGAGCAUCAUGCGGAAGAUUAAGUUCUACGACGAGAACACGCGCCAGUGGUGGAUGCCGGACACGGGCGGCGCCAACAUUCCGGCGCUCAAUGAGCUGCUGCGCGAGUUCAACGUCACGCUGGGCGAUCGCGUGAGCGAGGGCUACUUCGCGAUGGGCGACCACUCGAUGUAUUACGCCAGCGGAGCGUCUCUCGUGCGCUUCCCGCAGACGCCGGGAUCGAUUGUGAUUGAGCGCGAUCUGUACGAUCAGGGCGUGGAGAUUCUCAACAACGUCACGGGCGCGUCUGAGGACACGCAGAAGCGUCGCGUGAGAUCGCCGGUCGCUGUGCUGGGACUGCUGCAGGUGGACGGGACGUUUGCGCACAUCAAGCACACGGACGGACAGGAUGUGCACCACGAGGGUGAGGAUGCGGAUGUGUACAGAGAUGUGGGCGAUGUGCUGCAGAUGGAGAAGAAUCCCAUUCUGAACAAGAGGACACUGCUGGAAGCGCAACCGGAGGAGCGCAGCAAUGCCUCGGAGAAGCACAUCCUGAAGGCUGUGGACGUUGUGGAUGCGGGUGAGAAUGAGAUUAGCGAUGCUGAGGAGGAUGACAAGACGCUGGAAGUGGCUCAAGUGAAGGACGAGCUGAAGAUUCUGCCGCACACGAGCGUGCGCAAAGGCGGCCGGAUUGCCGUGUAUGGCGACAGCAAUUGCCUGGACUCGACGCACCUGGAGAAGCCGUGCUUCUGGCUGCUGGACAUGCUGCUGGAGUACACAAUGACGUCCCACGUGGCGGGACUGCUCAGUGGGUUAAAUCAAUCCGGGAAGGUUCAUUUUCGCCAAGAUGUGAUACUGCCCGCGCGGCUGCCCAACAACAAUCUGCACAUGUACUCGAAGGUGCUGGACCAUCAGAAUGCCAACAGGAAGCGCGACAUUCCGGCGUGUCCGCGUCUGGUGUGGGAGAAUCCCAUUUUCCUCAACAUCACGCAGUCGAUUGGGCUGCAGGGUGGUGUGGCGAAUGGGGUGUCCGCCGAGGGUGGUGUGGUCGGGGAAAAUAGUGCCAAUAGUAUUCUCCGGAAGCUGGAGAGCCAAAAAGGUGGUGGCGUGAAUCCGGACGAGGUGGAUGUGGGUCUGCUGCAGACACAGUGGCGUGGCGGUCACGAGGACCCGGCGAACGCUGCCGAUGAGCCUGGUGCAAUUGUCAAGGAGAAUCUGGAGGAGAGCUUCAGUGUCUCCAUCGUGAUUCUCCUGCUGCUGACACUCGUGGUGUUCCUGCUGUUUAUCAAUUGGGUGAGACGCGCGCGGGGCGCCGCGAGUCGAGUGCGCAAUACGUAUUUCUUUAACAUUUUGAGACUAUGAGUGAUAAGAACG